UGUAAAUGAUAGAUACAUACGUUCGUAUACUGCGUAUUAUUUAUACGCCCACUAUAUUUAUCGUGUAAAUUUCAUAGUGAAAUAAAUCUUACAUAAAAACAUCACGAAUUACAUAAAACAAUUGCACAAUUUCGAAUUUUUUUUAUAAUUGACAUUAUAUUCUACUCUGUAUAAUGGACCGUGAGUCAAAUUUUCACGACGAAUCCCUCCUUAAUAUCGGUCAACUGUUGAAACCCUUAGAAAAAGUUGGAGACAGGAAAUUUGUCAUUAUUUCCAUCAUUAGGCCUCCAUUAAAGGAUUCACGCCUCUUGCGAAACGUGCUAUGCAAAUUCCUCUCGGAGGAAGGAUUUCCAAACGAUAUUUUGGACACGAUUGAUAUUUCAAAAAAUCUGGAUUGUUCUGACGGAGCGUGGAAAAUUAGUGUAUCUGAACCCAUCCGGAUUCCUCGAGAUGGCGGAGAUAUCUUUAUAAUUCUUCUCGGUCCAAAUUAUGGACUAGAAUUCGAUCCACCUUUUGAUGUCAUGUGUAACAUUUUUGCAACUUGCAUGUUACUCUCAUCAAUCUUUAUUAUCCAGACGGAUUACUUAACAGACCUUCAUCUCCAGUAUUUCUCGGAGUAUACAGAGGUUGUGAGACAAUUGGCUCGAAAAAAUGAUAGUGGAAAUGGGGUGACGUUGACGUUACCUAAAAAAUUAAUGUAUUUCGUCCAAGAUAGCAGUAAAACCGGCGAUGUUAAAAACCCGGACGUUGAAAGCAAACUUUCAAAUCAGGCUGGAAAUUCAAAGUGUGAGUUGAAUGUUAGCAUGUCCACGACAUUUUCUGGCGUUGCUGUAUUCAUUGACACACCGACCGCCAUGCUGAUCACUGGAAGGGACCAACUAGCAAAACUAAACUCUGCGCUGAAAUAUUUUCCGGAAGGAUUUGACGACAUGUGCUUUUCAUUUGAAACCUUGACCGAGAAUUUGGUCGAUUCUGAAGUCUUAAUUCGAAAUGUUACCCGAUUGUCCCCGCAUUUAUGCCGAGCCGCUCACCUUCACAGGAUUCGGGCAUCCCCUCCGCCUCUACUGUUUCACUCUAUUCCGAAAAUUAUUGCCGUGAAUGUUGGCAUGCACGCGUAUCAGGCAGAAUUUAAAAAACGAAUGGGUGACCGAUGUCAGUUAGUCGACAGCAAAAAAUUCUAUUCUUGGCACAACGAGGGGGUCACGGUGGCGCUAAAAUCGUACACUUCCAUUCUGACCGUAAAUGCUAAAGGGGAACAAGACUGCAACCCUUACUCCGAUCUAGGGGGACGAUUGCAGCGAUUAUACAGGAAUUUCAUGUCCUCCGUUCAGAAAUUUCAAGGUCAAACGUUACAACUGAACGUGACAUUGACCGAUUAUAAAAGGAAACUAAGAAUGCUUGCAGACGAAGAGUAUGAAACCAGGCUAAAUUUACUGUCCAAUGUGACACACGUUCAACUAAACGCGGCAAAAAAGGGUGUCAAGGGAGUGGUUGAGGGGCAAAAAGAGAUUUCUUUAUUAUUGGAGAAGGUCGACGAGUCGAAACAGUCGUUAGGACAAAGUCAGAUUUUGAGUAGGAUUGAGACCGUUCAAGAUGAAUUAAGCCGUGUGGAUGACAACUUUUAUACAAAUAUUGUCGGGAUGCUGGAUAACAUACCGAUUACUAAUGCUGUCUGGGCGGCGGGAGUUUUGGAGAAACUAUGCCAGCAUGAUGAACCUCGCUAUAUGCGAGAUACAUUCGGAAAAUUUAGAGUCUGGAGCACUUCAUACACAAAACGUCAAGCUGAAGAGAUACAGUCAAGGCUUGCGCUAAUUUUGAGACGCAGUGUAUAUUUUCGAAGAUAUCUUGACAUGUUGAGUGCGCACCCAAUGGUUGGCUUAUCAACGAGUCAACAGAUUAUUGUGAGAGAUAACGUCACAGCAAAAGAAUAUCACUCGGCCUGCCAAGCAAUAAUUGCUUUCUGGGUGGGAAAAGCUGGAGAAAACGCUCAGAUAGGAAGUUUGCUCCGUGUUUUGGAACAAAUCGGUUGGAAUAGUGCAAAAGGAAAAAUUCUAGGAACGGAUUGGUCAGCGAUUCUGACUAAUGUGAAUUAAUUUCUUAAAUUAUUUCAAAUUAUUUACUCUUUUCGAUUUAAUGUUUAAAUAAAUUCUGCCUUUUGGACGAACAUGUAUUUUA